AUUCUAAGCAUCGAAAACGCACAGAAAACAACGGUAACCAAGUAACAACUGCAAACUAUCGACCCAUUUCUAUCCAUCGCGUAUUUCCAAAAUCCCUGGGAGUAUACUGUUACUAAGCGGAGCGGCUGGCUGGAGAGGCACGUGAAAAGGCGGUUGUUAUUGGAUUUGCCCUGGCCAGGCGGUGGUUAUACAACAUUGUUACGUAACUAUGGACUCGGCGCAGUGUCCUGGCGGCGGUCAUACGAAGAGCAGAUUGAUGCAGAGUGCGUGAGACACUGCAGACGACAAUAUGGCUUCUUCCAGCAGCAAAGAAACCGAUAUUGAGGAGGAAAAGAAGCCCCUUAUCCCCCCAGAAAGCAAAGCUGAACCAGAGAAUGGCUCUAUAUAUAGACAGUUAUUCCUCGGAAUGGUGGUGGUGUUGCCAAGCAUUGCUGCCGGAAUGGCCAUCGGGUUUUCCGCUACCAGUCUUGACAGCAUCCCUAUCACCAUCAGUGAUGGCUCGUGGUUUGCAAGUACUGUCUUCCUCGGAAUAGCAGUUGGGUGCAGCAUGAUCUAUCCUGUAAUGGAGAAAUACGGCAGGAAGCCCAGUUUAAUCAGCAGUUGUAUCAUCGCUAUCGUGGGCUGGCUCUACUUAUCCAUCCGAGCAGGUCCUCCCAGUCUGGGUAAACUGCUUAUUGGUCGCUUCAUCACCGGCGUCUCCGCAGGAAUGACCAGUGCUCCGGCCGCAGCAUACGCUACAGAAUGCCUCUCUGUUGAGAAUGCUGAGCUGCGAGCUGUGCUGAUCACCUGGUCAACCGUCGCCAUGAGUAUCGGUAUCCUCUUUUCUUACGUUAUGGGUGCAAUGCUGGCUUACUACAAAGUCGCCAGUCUUGCCGUUCUCAUCUCCGUCUUUGCAUUUAUCAUGGUGGCAAUAUUCAUUCCUGAGAGUCCGUCAUGGCUACAAUCCAAGGGUCGAACCGGGGAUGCAGAGUGGGCACAGAAGCAACUCAAGAUCAAAGCGCCUGCAAAGCCUACUGAAGGAUCGACGACACAGACAAGCUCUACUGACACCGGAUCCCAACCACAGCUUUCCUUCCUUGAUUCUCUGAAAGAGUUUGAGAAACCAGAAGCCUACAAGCCACUGUUGAUAAUGAUAUUCUUCUUCUUCUUCCAACAGUUUUCUGGUGUUUAUAUCGUGAUCACUUAUAUGGUCGAUAUAACCAGAAUUGCCGGUAUUGUUCUUUUCAACCCGUAUUUUAUCACUGUAGUUGGAGGUACUCUCAUACUUAUAGUUUCUGUUGGAGCCAGUUUCGUUUACCCAAAGACUAGUGUUCGAGCAAUUGCAUGUAUCUCAGGUUUUGGAAUGGCUUGCUCAAUGCUGUUUAUCGCUAUCUACAUAACUGUACGUCGCUCUUGGCUUAUUGGACCUACCUACUCCAUCGUAAACUUCUUACCUUUGCUUGCUCUUCUCUGUAACAUCGUUUGUAGCACUAUCGGAUUCUUAAUCCUGCCCUGGUCCAUGAUCGGUGAUGUAUUUCCCCUUCAAGUCAAAGGGCUCGCAAGCGGAGUCACCACAUCACUAGGUUAUAUCUUCAGUUUUAUAGCUAUAAAGAUGUUCCCUUCUGUCAGCAUGGGUUUGGGAAGUGCUGGAACAUUCUACUUUUUUGGCAUAAUGUCAGUUUUUGGAACCCUAUUUGUUUAUUAUUACUUGCCGGAAACAAGAGGAAAGACCCUUGAACAAGUACUAGAUGGUUGGUCAAAAAAGACAAAAUACGAUCAGCAAGUUGAAACAGCUUAAGCAAGGUUCAGAUGAUUUCUGUUUUGAAAUACUGAGAUCAUUAUCAAUAUCGUGCACAUCUAUGUUAUACUUAAUUUGUUCGAUGUAAUAACAUAAGUUAAGAUAUUAAUAAUUUUACAUAAUAAGCUUCCUUGUUAUCUAUUACAAUGUUUGAGAGAAGAUGUGCUGAAGUGGUUUUACAUUUUUGUUUGAAGUUAUAUAUUUAGUGGGUUACUAUUUGAUUCCAUUACUUUGUACAUUAAGUUUUGAGAGGACAUUAUAUUUGUAUUUCAAUACUUGUUUUUUCAGUGUAUUUUUAUUUUUAUACUUUUUAUAUAUUAUUUUAAAGUGCACUGAGUAUAUUAUUUUCUAUUUUCAUAAGCUUUUGUGAUUUACUUAAACUAGUCUUGUACAUGGCAGUUUAGUGUUCAGAGUGCUUCUAUAAUUGACAGAAACAAAUAAUAUGUUUGUUUAUGAACAGCUCAUGUUUAUAUUAAUUUAACGACUAAACAUAGCGUUUAGUUUUCAUAGAUUGUGUAGCUCCAAAUAAAGUAUUUUGUACUCUGAA